UUUCUUCUCUGAAACUUAAACAAGUAAUUCUCUUCCUUCUUUAAGAGGUUCUGUGUGUGAAUCAGAGGCAAAUCUUUCUGACAAAAAGCUUGAAGUACAUCGGCAAUGGCAGGGAGUGCAUUUGUUGACCCAGGAGCUGCAAAGAGGGCACAGUUUUAUGACUACAAAAUCACCAAAGCUUUUGUUUAUGCCUGUUUCAUUGCAGCGCUUGGAGGGUCUCUUUUUGGAUACGAUCUUGGUGUUUCUGGUGGGGUAACUUCCAUGGAUGACUUCUUGAAGAAAUUCUUCCCAAACGUGUACAGAAGGAAGCAAGCACAUCUCAAGGAAACUGAUUACUGCAAAUAUGACAACCAGAUUCUCACACUGUUCACAUCCUCUCUCUACUUUGCUGGUCUUGUAUCAACCUUUGGGGCUUCAUGGGUGACCAGAGUGAAGGGAAGGAGAGCAAGCAUCCUCUGUGGCUCUGUCAGCUUCUUCAUCGGAGCAAUCUUAAAUGCAUUUGCUGUUCACAUUUCAAUGCUGAUCUUAGGCCGAAUUUUGCUUGGUGUAGGCAUUGGAUUUGGCAACCAGGCUGUUCCCCUUUACCUCUCAGAGACAGCACCGCCGAAGAUCCGCGGAGCAGUUAACCAACUGUUCCAAUUAACUACCUGCCUAGGGAUUUUUGUGGCAAAUGUCAUAAACUACUUCACUGACAAAAUCCAUCCAUGGGGAUGGAGACUCUCUCUUGGUUUAGCUACUGUUCCAGCAGUUCUGAUGUUCAUUGGAGGUAUUUUCCUUCCUGAGACCCCAAACAGCCUUGUAGAACAAGGCAGAUUAGAAGAAGGAAGAAGGAAUUUGGAGAAAAUUAGAGGUACCCCAAAUGUAGAUGCUGAAUUUGAGGAUCUCAAAGAUGCAAGUGAGGCAGCAAGGGCCAUAAAGAACCCCUUCUACAACCUUCUCCAGCGAAAGUACCGCCCUCAACUGAUAAUAGGAGCUCUAGGCAUCCCAGCAUUCCAGCAGCUUACUGGAAUGAAUUCAAUACUCUUCUAUGCUCCUGUGAUCUUUCAGAGCCUGGGCAUGGGGUCAGGCACAGCUCUGUAUUCAUCCAUGAUUACCAGUGGAGCACUUGUUAUUGCAACAUUCUUCUCAAUGUAUCAAGUCGAUAAGCGAGGCAGGCGGUUUCUCUUCAUGGAAGCUGGCAUCCAAAUGAUAUCCUCCAUGCUGGUGGUGGCUAUUGUUCUAGCACUGAAGUUUGGCCAUGGAGUAACCCUCCCAAUAGUGGAUGCUGUCAUCCUUGUGAUCAUGAUUUGCUUGUUUGUUUUGGCUUAUGGGUGGUCAUGGGGCCCUCUGGGCUGGCUAGUCCCAAGUGAGCUCUUCCCACUGGAGAUAAGGUCAGCUGGGCAGAGUGUGGUUGUCUGUGUAAACCUCUUCUUCACUGCUAUGGUUGCACAGUGUUUCCUUGCGGCACUCUGCCACCUCCGUUAUGGUAUUUUCUUGCUGUUCGUGUGCUUGAUUGUCGUCAUGAGCUGCUUCAUUUACUUUCUCCUACCAGAAACAAAGCAAGUUCCAAUAGAGGAGAUAAGCUUUCUGUUCCAAAACCACUGGUUCUGGAAGAACAUUGUCAAUACACCAGAUGAGAAGCCAGUGUCAGCUGCUUAGAAGAUCCACCUGAAAAAUAAGUAGAACAAUAGAAAAGAGAAUGAAAAAAAAAAGAAGGGGAUUGGUGGGUUACAUGUCUCAAAUCCAGUAUAUGUAGAUUCUUUUUCAAAGGGUAGAUUAGAAUUAGUAUAAGACAAAUUAUUUCUCAGAUGGAUGUGCAUUGCAUUUUUUAGUUAUUGCUAUCUUUUGGUUAACCUGUAAGUACCAAACAGGCAAACACAGCCUAAAUGAUCAAAUCCUUGAUAAUUCUUUGGGGUAGUGGGGCACACACAUUGGGAAUAUAAUUCACUGA